AUGACAGCGCAACCACGACGAGCGAGGCGGGGCAGCCUGCUGGUGCUCUGGACGAGGGACACCGAGCCAGAGCCAAUAGCGGCAGGUUCGCACCAAGCACAGGAAAAGGCGCUCGAAGCCGCACAGCCAUCCUCUGCCCACCACGUCGACGAGCCUGCGACCACCUCACACGACUUGCCCACCGCUGGCCGCUCAACACCUCCACCCAGCGAGCGAACCGAGAAGGCUGCAGGAAAGGCCCCCAUACGCUCGCCCUCGCCCCCGCCCCCGCCUCCCAAGGACGACAGAUAUCUUUCGACGAGUAACGUGCCCAGCCGGGCUGCAUCCCCCAUGUCGCAAGCACGCUCAAGUGGGGGCAACUCGGAAGAUGCUGCCGCUGACGAAUAUGGUACAGCAAACGACAGCACCGGGGACGCUGCCGAUAACUCUCAGCCAGAGAUCCAGAGUAUCAUGGACCAGUUCCAGGGCAAUGCAGCGCCGGGGGAGGAUGAGAUCAUGUCACCACGACUUGAGAUUGCCAAUCCCCUUCUCGAAUCGCCGUCUUCAGCCUUUCCUCCACGCCGCUCGAGCCUCGUUCCUCCCGACAAGCCCCUUCCUAUACCCAUGACGGAAGAUGCCGCUUCUGGAGCGCCCAUACAGUCUCCACCCCCACGAACCUCAUCCUUAUACCGCGUUGGUACCAACACAUCUUUUCAAGAACCAUCAUCUCCUAGCGCACAUGCUUCCAAGUACAAGCCUGUGCAACCGGCCCCGGAGCCAGAGCCCGAUCUACCAUUUGACUUCCACCGAUUCCUUGAGCAACUGCGCCACCGAACAGCAGACCCAGUAGCCAAGUUCCUACGGUCUUUCCUUCUCGAAUUUGGCAAGAAGCAAUGGAUGGUGCACGAGCAGGUCAAGAUCAUUGGUGACUUUCUUGAGUUCAUAGCAAAGAAGAUGGCUCAGUGCGAAGUGUGGCGAACCGUAUCAGACGCUGAGUUUGAUAACGCAAGAGAGGGUAUGGAGAAGCUAGUCAUGAACAGGCUAUAUACCCAGACGUUUUCGCCCGCAAUUCCACCAGCAGAGCCAAUAUCGCCGCGUAAAGGCGGAAGAAGACAUGACCCGGCAAGACCUGGCAGGAGAGGUCAGCACCAAGAAGACGUGGAACGCGAUGAGGUCCUUGCACAGAAAGUUCGCAUCUACAAAUGGGUCAAAGAAGAGCAUUUGGACAUCAAACCAAUUGGCGAAAAGGGGAAGAAAUUCUUAAACCUGGCCCAACAAGAGCUACUCAAAAUUAAAAGCUACCGGGCGCCAAGAGAUAAAAUCAUCUGCAUUCUGAACUGCUGCAAAGUUAUCUUUGGCUUUUUACGGACAUCAAAUUCAGAUCAGUCUGCCGAUGCAUUUAUACCGCUGCUUAUCUACACUGUGCUCCAGGCCAACCCAGAGCAUCUUGUCUCAAACGUACAAUACAUCCUCCGGUUCCGCAACCAGGAGAAGCUCGGUGGCGAGGCAGGCUACUACAUCUCGUCGUUAAUGGGCGCCGUACAGUUUAUUGAAGGUUUAGACAAGACUUCACUGACAGUCAGCGACGAAGAGUUUGAGAAAAAUGUCGAAGCAGCUGUAUCGGCCAUCGCUGAGCGUCAUGCUACUGCAGAAGCCGAGCCAUCAUCUGCUUCUACCCAGUUACACCCUAAUGCCCCUACCCACAAGCGCAUGCCCUCGCCACACUACCACCACAUACAAGAAAAGACGACACCUUUGCGGCCCGAACUCACUCAGAGGAAUUCGAUGGAGGCUGAAACUGCAGGACCACGCCGUUCGACGAGCGUUAAAAACAAUCAGUCCGAGACUGAACAGCCCGAGGAAGAGAAUGCAGCCGUAGCAGGCUUGCUGCGUACUAUACAACGUCCACUCAGCACGAUCGGGCGCAUCUUCUCCGACACCGAUACACACCAGUCAUCUGGGCAAACCACACCGUCAAAGCAGCAGCAGCAGCAGUUGCCUACGCGUUCAAGGGCAGAGGCUCCUGAACAUGAACACAAUCACGACGAGAAUCGGCACAGGGAGAAGGCCUCGGCCGAAGAGGCAGCGGCGAAACGUGCGUCUGCAGAGGCAGAAGAGAUACGUCGGAUUCAGCGGCGGGAGCACCAAGUUGUUGUUGAGACUUUGACAAAUAUGUUUCCGCAAUUGGACAAGGAUGUUAUUGAUGAUGUUGUGCGGCAGAAGGAAGGAAGGGUUGGUCUUGCGGUUGAUGCAUGUUUAGCGCUGGCGAAUCCUUGA